UUACGGCCCAAGGACAGAUUCGAACUAAAACACCCUUUAUUUGUGGACUCAUUUAGCUUUAAGGAUAAAUCAUACUAUUGUAUGAUGUUAGGUCCUUUCGUAUUAUUGCUCUCUGCUGCCACGGCCUGGAGUCAAUUAGGUAAGUGAGGGAUGCGAUGAUACAAUCUUACCUGAACUUCCUUGACGUUCACCCUGUUGUUACUUUAACCGCCUUUACUGAUUAUCUACGUCUGAUACUAUACUAUUAUCACUGUUUGCACCGAUUCGGGAAGAGACAUUGUUGAGAGUACUGACAAAGGCAUGAAAGUAUUAGUAGCCCACUUCGAACUCGUAGUUCUUUUAAGCCAUUCCUUUACUGUGAUUCCAAAGUCUUGGGCGUAGUUCAAAGUACUAAAUGUUUUGUGUUGAAGUGAGAAACCGCGUGUAUGUUUUCCACCUGCGUUCACGUUGACAGACGUUUUUUGUACAGAUUUUACAGAUUUUGCCGACAUCCUCUUUCGCGUCUCAAUGUUACCUUUUUCGCAGACGUACCUUCUUCGCUUAGUUCAAAAGCCUCAUAAAGAUAUCCGAGGGUUUUAAGAGAUGAAACUGCCGAAACUGUUUCAGAAAUACCGGUUUAAACACUAGCUUUUCUUUCUAUUAAAAAAGUCUCAAUAGUAAGAACUCCAACAUCAGUUCCAAAAAAUUAAUUAUUUCUCGUAAGUAAAAAUUCCAUGUACAAGAAAGAUUGCUGAUUUCUUUGCACCUUCAGAAAUUCUUUUUUGCCAAAUCCAGUGCUAACAGUCACAGCUUUUUUUAUUUGGGUAGUAAUGUUUAACUUGACGAUCUUAUUAUUGUUUCUGUGAAAACAGUAUUUUCCUUUUCCGAACACAGAAAUCUUGUAAAUAUUAGAAGAUGAAUUAUUCGUUGAGAAAACUAACACUUUCUGUUUGUUUGGUACUGCCCUCUGGUGCCUUUUGCACAUAGUAAUAUCUAGUUAAUGUGCCACUGGGUCAUCAGCGGAACAGAAAAAUAUCAGAAAAUAACAUUUCUGUUUGCAAGCCUUUGUUGCUUUCAUUAACAUUAAUAUAAUAUCACUUAACUGUUAACUUUUCAUUUAUCAGUUAACUACUAAUUUUUUGGCCAGUUAUCAGUUAACUACUCUUUUUUUUUUCGCCAAAUAUCAGUUAACUGUUAACCCCAUUCGCACCGUCGUUCUGGUCGUCCUUGAAUUAUACGUGUACGCCAUAAGUCAAAUUUUAUAGCUUAUGACUUUGCAUAAAUUCCAGAAAUGCUAUUUUUAUCUCGGUCAUCUUUCUCCUAACUUAUGAUCAAAACAAUGAAAAACCUCACCGAGGUAAAAAAUAGCUUCCUUGAUCCGGUUUCCUAAUCAUUUCUUUCGAAGACAAGCAUCGCUAACGUAUUUGUAGAAUUUCUCAUUCGUUAGCUCUCACGAAUGAAUGAAAAAAUAUAUUGAGGUUUUUUCCGGUGAAUUUCACUCAAUUAAUCUUCCUUGAAUUAUUUGACAUCGCUUAAAAUAUACGCCUUAAAAUAUAAACCCAAGAAGUCCAUGCGAAUUCACGGAAAACCCGAAAAAAAAAUAGAUUUUUUUUGAUCUCCGCGGGUAAUGUUCUACCUCAAAAAAAUCCUUUUGCACAAAAAAAAAAUCGGGAAAAUAAUGGAUGUACAACUAUCUAGGGAAAAAAAUCAGUCAUUUGUAAUUUAGCCAAUUUUCAAUACCAUUUUUUAACCUAAAAAAUCCGUAUAUUUUUAAUAUCUUAACCACACAAACUCGGGAAAGUCUAGGGCCUCAAUACGACAAAUUCAUUCGGCAGAUUGAAAUAAUGUAUAAUAAAUAACUGACCGAGCCUGUUAACCUGGCCCUGCCAAUUCAAAACAUCAUAUCACCGAUUACAGAAAAUAAGUAUUUUUCGCUUCCACUUAUUGAUACAAUUUGGAUGUAUUUUAAAAAUAACAUACAUAUGUUGCAGCAAAGCCAAAACAUUGUCAAACGCGACAAUAUAAUUGCGAACAUCUAUGCUCAUUAAUCUUACUUAAAUAUAUUCCCAUGAUAUCAAAUUAUGUUAUUUUUUAUCCUUCUAGUUUCAAUAGUUUUUUUCAUACCACGAGUUGCGAGUUUUUGCCCAUUUCUCAGAUUAUUAUACCGUGCUUUUUCGUCAUAAGCUAGCACUCGAGCAGGCAAUUGUUUAAAUGCUGUCUUCAGACGGAUGGAAAGUCUAUAGAACGUUUGGGAUAUACAUCGAUCUUCACAUGUGCAAACUUAUAAACUAACAAAUUAAAAAUUAGUAUGAUAAUGUAUAUUUAGCCCGUUCAUGAAAAACAUUUAGUACUGAUCAUAAAUUUGCUUUUUGGUCUGAUUCAGUUGAUUGGUUCGACGCGUGCUAAGUUCGAUGUCUGACGCAACAGACGAUCUUAAUUUAAUUUAGGUCCACCCAAAUUACGGUUUGAUUCGUCUCAUGAGACGUUCCACACUGACGACUCCGUUGUGGUUGCAAGAUUUAAAGUAACUACUAUUGGGAAUUUUACUUAGUUAAUGCUACUCCUUCUUUUGGCCGGUAGGCCUCACUCGUUUAUUUAACACAAAUGACUCAAAAAUAAAACAGCUGUAUAUGUAUGUGUGUACCUUUAUCUCAUAGUGCUUUGUUGAAAAUAACUAAAAAUCAUUUUAAUUUUAUUUCAAAAGAUAAAGAUGAGUGCGCACUAGCUAACGGUGGAUGUCAGCACACGUGUACAAACACUUAUGGAAGCUAUAAGUGUUCCUGUUACAGUGGAUACCAGUUAAAACCUGAUGGCUUAACUUGCCAAGGUAAA